UGUGUGUGCGCGCGCUCGCCGGUGGAUGGACGUGGUGGACUCGACGACGACGGCUCAAUGCCUCGGCCGUGAUGGCUAGCGGGCGGGCGGAGUUGGCGGCGGCGCUGCGAUACUGUACGGCGGCGGCGACGCGAUGUGCCUCGCCUGUCAAGUAGUAGCAGCCGCUGCCCGGGCGAGUGACUUCUCGGACGGCAAGAGUCGCCGGUUGCUCAUCCGAGCGACGGAUAUGAGGCCGCCGCCGCUCGCUGUUUCCGUUGGCGUCGCUUCUUCUUCUUCCUCUUCUUCGUCGUCAUCACCUUCCUCUCGCUCUUGUGUUUCUCGCUGCUCAUCGUCUCGUUUCAGAGAAGCCCUGCGGCGCAGCCGACCGCGGCGGAGCGCAGGGUCGGCGGGAGGCGGCGGCGGCGGCGACGAAGGAGGCGGAGGAGGCCCGCGGCGCGGCGGCGGCAGCAGGAGGAGGAGAGGAGGCCGCUGCUGCUGAGGAGGAGGAGGAGGACGACGACUGGGAAGGGGUGCCAUGGGCAACAAGCUGAGCUGCUCGUGCGCGCCGCUCGUCCGCAAGGGCUACCGCUACGAGGACACGCCCUGGCAGAACACGCGCCGCAGGGACGGACACCUGCUGCGGCUGUGGGCCGAGGUGUUCCACGUCAGCGGCCAGGGCGGCGCCGUGAAGUGGCAGCAGGUGUCAGAGGACCUGGUGCCCGUCAACAUCACCUGCGUCCAGGACUCUCCCGACUGCGUCUUCCACAUCACCGCUUACAACUCGCAGGUCGACAAGAUACUUGACGUCAGGCUCGUGCAACCCGGCACCCGGCUUGGUCAGGCGUCCGAGUGCUUUGUCUACUGGAAGGAUUCGCACACGGGUGACACAUGGGGUCUCAACUUCACCUCACCUCUGGACGCCAAGCAGUUCCGAGAAUGUUGCUCCCCCGCCUUCAAGUUUUGUCGGAAGGCGUCUUCAUCCUAUUCGCUCAAGUUAGAACCACCAAAGCAGAAAUCCAAGAACAGCAAGCGCAAGCCCCAGUCCACGCCCAGCUCGCCAUCACGGGGUCGCUCCGAGCUGCAGUGCACCUGCAUGACGGCCGAGAACUUACACCGGGCGCGAAACGGACGCGUCCGCUACACGGGCGGCGCGGCCACCCUGCCCCGCGCACAGCAACUGUCCACCAGGCAAGGACUAGAGCACACCCGGUCGGGCACGAGCAGCAGCCAGGCCUCGGCGCGGGCCACCGCCCGGGCCCAGGCCGUGGCCGCGGCUCUCACCGCGUCCUCGAAGCAGCAGCAGCAACAGCAGCAGCAGGAUGCGGCCUCGAGCACCACCACGGCCGCGAGUGUGCACGGAUCGGCGACGACGUCCAGGGCCAGCGCGAGCGGCUCCGCGCAUCGCCGCAGAGCCGCCGCCGCCGCCGCCUCGGGUUCCCGGAGCGGCGGCGGUGGCGAGUCGAACCGCUUGCGGGACCAGUACGCGUCGCGCAAGGAGCAGGCCAAGAGCGUCGACUACAGCCCGUCCAGCCCGCAGCUGCAGGCGUCCGGCCGCUCCAAGAGCUCGGACAACGUGUUCGAGGAGGCGUCGGGCGGCGCGCGCGGAGACCUGGCCGCGCUCAGCUUGGACUCCAACACGCUCAAGCGCAUGCUCGACCCGCUGCCGCCCUCCUCUUCCUCCUCGCCCGACCAGCAGCAGCCGACGCCGGCACAGCAGCCGCACAUGCACCAGCAACAGCAGCACCGGCGGUCGGUUCCUUCGGUGCAGCACGGCUCGACGACGCCGCGACUCCGCGACCGCGAGCACCGCUCCGAGUCGGGAAGGAGGCGGAGCCUGGAGCGGAGCGUGGGCCUGGACCUGGCCGACGGGUCGCCGCCGUCGGACCACUUCCUGUACGACAACCUGUGCUACGCCACCACGCCGCCCAGCUCGAGCAACGACACCAGCUCGGACGAGGGGGGCCGCGAGGCCGCCGCCGCCGGCGUUGGCGUCGGCGGCGGCUCGGGCGGCGGGAGCGCCGUCGCCUCGGGCCUCGCCACCCCGCGGAGGCAGGCGUCGCACGAGGAGUCGCCCACGAGCAAGCUGCUCAUGGAGUACGAGACGCACCUCAGGAACGCGCUGGCGCGCGGCAUGGACGCCGAGAGCUAUAGUCUACACACGUUCGAGGCGCUGCUCACGCAGAGCAUGGAGAAUGUCGCUCCCGCCUACCGAAACAGGGAGAACAUGGAAAAAGUGGCACUGAUGCGUGAAGUUCACGUGGAGCUGGAGGCGAUUCGGAAAGAAGAACAGGCGCUCAAGACUCAUCCCAACCUGCACGGAUUCCGGGGACUGCUUGAACAGCGGCUGGCCGCGUCCUCGGGGAGACCCAGCAGCGCGGGCCCGUCUCUGAGUGCCGGCGGGUCGCUGUCGUCCAGGCGGAGCACGCUGCUGUCGCAGGCCGGCACGGCGUCCUCGCUCAGCGUCGAGAGCAACCACGCCCUCUUUCCGCAGGCGUCGCUGGAGAGCACCGACUCGCGCGUCUACCUCACCUCGUCCGAGAUGUCCGACGACGAGCGGCUGUCGCUGACGACGGCGGUGAGCGACGAGGACGAGACGGGCGAGCCGCGCUCGGGCUCCCGCGCCGCCGGCUCCGGCGGCGGCGCGGCGGCGGCGGCCUCCUUCAACUGCACGGGCGCCGUGCGCAAGGCCGGAUUCCUCAGCGUCAAGAAGUGGCUACUGCGCAGGAGACACCAGGUGGAGCUGGCUCGGAAACGUGGCUGGAAAGGCUACUGGGUGUGCCUGAAGGGCACGACGCUACUCUUCUACCCGUGCGACAGCCGCGACGGCCGGGCCAUCGACUCGACACCCAAACACCUGAUCAUCGUCGACGGCGCAGUCAUGCAGCCGGUGCCCGAGCACCCCAAGAGGGACUACGUAUUCUGCCUGAGCACGGCGUUCGGCGACGCCUACCUCUUUCAGGCGCCGUGCCAAGUGGAGCUGGAGAACUGGAUCAACAGCAUCCACUCUGCCUGUGCCGCGGCCUUCGCCAGGCAUCGAGGUCGCACUGGGACGCUACACCUGCUCCAGGAGGAGAUCUUCAGGCUAGAGAAAGAAAUUGAGUCGGACGCGAAGCUGAAGCACAUGGCCGAGCUACAGCUGACCGUCGUGGUGGACCAGGAGUCCCGGCAGACUCUGUCGGACCAGAUCGGCCAGUGGGAGGAGAACCUGGAGAGGCUACACUGUGAGCAGUUCCGUCUGCGCUGCUACAUGGCCUCGCUACAGGUCUCCGAACUCCCUAACCCAAAGAACCUGCUUACGCACGUGUCCAAGGCGACCAAGGCGAUGCUGAACAAGCUAGGCGUGUUCACCGUCUCCUCGUUCCACGCGUACAUCUGCGCGCGCAGCCCAUCGCUGCUCACAAACCUGCUCUCGGGCCGGGGCGCCACCAAGCGGAGGUCGCGCGCUGCACUUUCCAGGUCCAACAGCUCCAAAAGACUUCUAAGCAUGCCUUCGUCGUCACUACAAAGCAGCCUAGACCUACCUGCCUUAGGGGAAAAAAGCGUCAAGAUCAACCUGCCAGAUAAUCAAGCCGUUAUAGUGGGAGUUCGGGACAACAUGACCGUCGAAGAAGUGCUCUGGGUGGCCUGCAGUCGAAGGCAGUUGUCGCCCAACGACCACUUCCUGCGCUUCCGUAGGAGGAAAGACUCGGACGACUGCUACGUGGCGGCGCGAACAGAGAUUUUUGACAACUUGAGCUUCGAGAGCCUAGAGGUCUGCGCCAAGGUGCUAUACCAAGUGGGGCUUUCCCGGAGUUCCCUGGACCAGUUGUUCGGUUUCAGCGUCGAAGCGGAGUUGGUGGAGAACACAGAUCACCAGGACGAACUCUGCGUGUACGUCAGUAGGGUGGAGGAAGGAAGUCUGGCACAUCAACAGGGGCUCAUGAAGGGCGACGAGAUCAUGGUGAUCAACGGGGCCAUCGUGAGCGACCUGGACAUGAUGUACAUCGAGUGCGUGCUGCAGGAGGAGCUCUCGCUCUGCAUGAUGAUGCGCUCGUCGCGCACCGAGCCGCCGGACUUGGCGAGCGCCAUGCGCACCACGGACGACUACAUCGAAUCCCUGGUCUGCCCGCCGCCGCCCAGCGACAGCGUGCUCAGCGACGAGAUGAUCGGGAAGCUCAUCGUGCCCUCGCCCAUCUGGGGCUCCCAAGAGCGAUCUCCGGACACAUCGGGCCGGCCCACGCCGUCGCCGGUGCCACCGCAGGACCAGUCGGGCCUCUCUUGCGAUCAGAUAGAAAGCUUGCUCAAGGUCAUCGAGGACUCUUGUAAAAAGACCGCCGAGCAGGUGACCGAGUACUGCCGCGUGCCCGUGGAGCGGAGGCGGUCCAGCCUGGCCGGCGGGCUGCCUGCGGUCGCGGCGGCGGCGGCCGCGGCAGCCCAGCAACCCGUGUCGGGGCAGCCACCGCUGGUGGCGGCUGCCGGCGCGGUGCCCGGAGCCGCCUCGAUCGGCCAGGCGAGCAAGCAUAUGUCUGACGUGGAGAGGUUGCGCAAGGUCGUCCUCGAGCUGGUCGACACCGAGAGGACGUACGUCAAGCACAUGAGCGAGCUGGUUGAAUGGUAUGUGGCGGCGUUGCAAAAGAGGAAACCCCCUAGUACUAAUGAAGUAAGCAAGCACCUGAACAACCUGCUGGAGCACUACCUGGAGCCCAUGAAGAAGGAGACACUGCUGUCCAACGCCGAGAUCAGCGCACUGUUCGGCAACAUCCAGGAGAUCGUGAAGUUCCAGAGGCAGUUUCUCCAGAGCCUCGAAGAAGCCAUCGCCGCCGAGCCGGACUUCCAUCGGCUGGAGCACCCGAGCCAAUUUAAGAACGUGUUAUUUGCCCUGGGCAACUCCUUCCUAUACUACGCCGACCAAUUCAAGCUCUACAGUUCAUUCUGCGCCAGUCACUCCAAAGCUCAAAAGGUCUUGCACCCGAGCGAAGGCAACACGGCCCUCUCGGACUUCCUGCAAACGAGGAAUCCCAGGGGGCAGCACAGCUUCUCCCUCGAGUCGUACCUCAUCAAGCCGAUCCAGCGGAUUCUCAAGUACCCGCUCCUGCUCCAGCAGCUCAAGCACCUCACGGACCCCGUCACCGAGGAACACCACCACCUCGCAGAAGCCCUCAAGGGAAUGGAAAGGGUGGCCGAACACAUAAACGAGAUGCAGAGGAUCCACGAGGAAUACGGAGCCAUCUUCGAUCACUUGUACCGGCAGCACGUCAAAUCCUCAAAGCAGCAUGUGGACUUGAGCCCUGGUGAGCUGUUGUACUAUGGCGGCGUGGAGUGGCUCAACAUCUCCGAGUUCUUGGGCAAGAUCAAGAAGGGACUGGAGUUGCAUGCCAUGUGCUUUGUGUUCAAGACGGCCGUGGUCUUCCUCUGCAAGGAGCGCAUCAGGCAGAAAAAGAAACUCAUGGGAGGGUCGAGCAAAAACAACUCAGCCGAGGUGGAGAUAAUCCGGUACCAGGUGCUAAUACCUGUGACUGAGGUCCAGGUUCGAGCCAGUAGCCAAAAGGAUGCGGACUCGCACUAUCUCUGGGAGCUGGUGCACCUGAAGUCACAAAUACAACGUCGCUCAGAGAAAGUGUACCAGCUUUCAAACAGCACGAGCGAGUUCCGGAACGCCUUCCUGCGCACCAUCCGGCAGAUCAUCCGCGAGUCGGUGCGCAACAUGACCGUGCCGGCGACCAGGCCGGCCGUGCGCGAGAAGCCCGGCACCCUGCGGCGGCUGGGCGGCAACGAGGGCUCGGGCGCCGCCUCGGCGGCGUCCGCGAUGCCCUCCACGUCGUCCAUGUCGCGCACGCUGAGCGGCAAGAAGCGCAACAAGUCGUCGCAGCGCCACUCGGCGGGCGACGCCAUCGAGACGUACGACAACGUGCCCCCCGCGUCCGACCCGCGGCUGCCGGGGCCCAGCUUCCGGGGCACGCGCAGCCGCACCGUUGCCGACUCGAUGAACGGCAUGAGCGCGUCGGCGCGGGAGCUGGCGGCCGCCGCCUCCGAGGAGGACUCCGAGCGCUCGGACCGCUCCGAGCCCAAGGCGCCCACGAGCCUGAGCAGCGCGUCGUCCCUGUCGUCGUCGGGCGCCACGGCGCGGCUGAUCCAGUCGAGCCAGCCGCCCAGCUCGUACCAGCCGCCGGCUGAGCAGGCCGGCUCGCCCGUGUGGAAGCCCAGGGCCUCGUCGGCCGACCGCGCGGGGCCGUCGGGGCUGAACAGGCCCGACGUCAAGGAGCAGUUCUUUGUCUACGAAGACUACGGCGGUGCCGCCGUCUACCAGCAGCGGAGCCAAGCGCAGCAGCAGCAGCAGCAGCAGACCCCUUCAUCUUCCAAGCAGUCCGAGUGCUGACUGGUGCCAAAGUAUAGCGCCGCCCACCGCCGCCGGGUCUGCGGCUCCUGAGCCGGGGGAGGGGGGCGGCUUUUGUACAUACGCAAGCUAAACUAGUAGGGAAACCGGCGCUCAAAGCUCAACUUUUCACCAUUCGCACGCGGGCCAAGUGGCUGGGGACCCGAGGCGCCAAGGCAACCCCCGGUUGAUCUCUCGCGCCGGCGGCGGACAAAGGCGCGUCUCCUCUCUUUUCCCGGAUCAGAGUACCUGACUUUUACAUCGGGGGCGAGGGAUAACGCUUUCGUACACCCCCACAAGAGCAAACCGCGAAGCAGCGCCAGGGAAACAAAAAAUGACGGCACUCGCUGAAGCAACGCUGCAAGUAUAGCGAUGCUGGCACGCCUCCAUGCAAGCUGCUCGCGCACGCGUUUCCAGAGCAACCGCUGCGGAACGUCGUUGCAACUUUCUCCUCCUGAAGAAGCCGGCUGCGUGUCAACGCAUUCAAACGUGCUUCCCCUCCCAACCCACUCUCUCUCUUUCUCUCGGUCUGUCCUCGUCACGCAUUUGUUUUUUUCUUCCAUCCCCGUUUGCUUGCGUGUCUGCGCACCGUUGCGCCAGUCGCUCAGCCGAUGAGCUUCUUUGUGCGGCCACUUCGACGUGCUCUCACCGACUGUCGCUGUCAUCUCCGUUUUCCCUGUACAUACUCGUCGUACUCAACACACGCCCCCUUCGACACGUGUUCUAAAAGAAAACGACAACAUCGAAGUGCGCGGCACUGCGGCGACGGAAGAGCUUAACUCGGCCUCGCGCAGGACGCCGUUCACGCGUGCAUGAUUCGCUAAGCCUAAAGAUGGAAUAACGUGCGCACACUAAAGCUCGCCGUGUCUCCAAAAGCUCGCUCACGAAAAAAAAAAGGAAAUACCAUUGCCGCUGUCGCAGUUUUGCCUUUUGUUUUUUCGGGGUCAAGUAUGCGAACCUUCGGUUUGUCAUGGAAGCCACCACCUUCGACCACUGAGUCAUCACGAAAGCCGCGCGGCAGGAUUCGGGCGAGGUCAAAAGGGGAGAAUGAAUGUCAGAUGUAUGAAUGACUCGCAUUUUGUGGCACAAACGCUUUUCAUAUGUGAGGAGCAGGUGGAUAUCACCGUCUGAGUGGCCCAGGGCUGGCCGUCUAGAAUUAUCUGCCAUCUCACGCGGUCACUCGCGGUGCUCUGCUAUUGGAGAAAAACGUUAGAGAUCGGGCAGCACUGCCACGUCACUGGACGAACCUUCAAGGGUAGUUUAUACGUUAUCGGCUUGGUCUUGACUAUGGGGCACGGGCUAUAGAAAUAAAAAAGAAAGGUGUUUUCGUCUUUUCUUGUGCCACAUUCCGUGCCCAUCUUAGACAUCAAUAACCACGAUGCUAUAGUUACGUCAGCUUAGGAAUACGUUCGGCCCUUCGGUAAUCGUUGGCCUUCUACAGGCAUCCAGUUUUACCGAUGCGCUCGUACGCAUUUCGCUGCUUCGGCAGGAUCCCCGUUGGCGACGCUUUUGACGAAAGGCAAACUUUGAGCGAAUCUUGCAGGCAGUCUCGUUCUUUUGAUUCUGUUGCGAUUGUUUCCCGUGCUGAUGAGUUAUUCUCUUACUUUCCCUUCUGCGAAACCGAAAGCUAUGACUGCACAUUCGCGCAAGCACGUACAAGAGGGGACCAGGACAGCCUCUGGUGGACCUUCCUAGAGCUCCUUGUGGCCCAUUUUACCGCAAGUCACCACACCUCGCCGAUCUCGAUUCUCCGCUUGCUGUUAGGGGCUGUUCAAGUAGAAGGACAUGGGAGCGUCUCUCCAGGAGGAUUUUCGAUCGCUGCGCUCCAUUUUGUUCGUGCAACCCAGGCGGUCAUGUGGUCAUUUUCAUUAAUCCUAUCCCUCCAUCUCUUUCUUUAGUCUUUUGAGUGGUCGCAAACUCCGUGCAAACGUAUCCUGUGGGCGACUGUUGAAUGCAAAGGGCCAUUCGUAUUUAGUAUUUCACCAUGUGAAUACGUCGAUUCUAGUCUCUCUGCGCCUGCGGGUACCUCGUAGUCUGUUUGCGGGAUGCGACUCAUCUAUAAUGGCUGCGCCAUUGGCGAUGGUUCGAGAUAAGGUUUCAACACACUAGAGGGGGCAUUGCGACGUUUCCAUCCACUUGUUCAUUUUGUGGUCAUUAUUUAGGGGCAAGCCGUGCCGGAGGUUGGGGGGCACUUACACCUGGCUGCAAAAAAACAAAAAACAAAACAAAUGGAGCAUAUCAAAUGCGAGGCAUACGUGGGUUCCCAUUAUCAUGCGCAAUGUGGCACGCCUGUGUUUGUAUGUGUGGCCCCAGUAUAGUAGCGUGCAGCGGUGGAAGAUGAAGAGCGAAAGCCUGCGGAUUGCUUUUUUUUUUUUGCCUUGGACUGAACGACGCUGCUGGGAACAGGUGGCGCUGGUUGCCCCGCGCACGAGCUGGAAAGGUGGCAAGGCUGCCUUGAGAAGAGCCGCAUUCCACUAUGCGCUCGCGUUGACCUGCACAGUUUUGCAUAGCUGUCCUUCUCCCUCAGCCUCUCUCAACGCUGACGGUUAACCACGUUCGUGCGACGCAAGCUCGAAGACGUCGCCCGUGGCAACGCGUGACGAAGCCACCUGCCGAAGUUAGAAGCUCCCUGCUCGACCUCUUCAACGGCACUCAAGGAAGGGCCAAAAAUUACUCGGCAAAGAAAGAAGGCAUUUGUUUUGCUAGUGUCUUGACGUUACUAGUCACUGGUGUGCGGACAACGCUUAUGUGUGUACCAAUCCUGUUAUUCACAUCGUUUCUUUAUUAUUAUUAUUAUUAUUUCACGUGCGGAAUACAGACCCCCCUCCUCUCCCCUCUAUCUCCCCUCACCCAUUUUAUGCGUACCGCAAGUUGGACUGUGGGUGUUUGGAGACGCUGUUUGUACAAUAACGAACUGGAAUCGACAAAAAAAUGCUGACAAAGGAUUGCUGGAGAUGUGUAUAAAUAAUGCGAGUUGUGUCGAAACCAUGCUCAAACCGUUUUUAAGACGAUGUUUCCCGACGACACAUCCAUGGGUGAAAUAUAGCGUGGCCGGUGAAUUUCAUUACUAUAAAUGCAUGAAUGUCAUCACAUCUUUUCAUGGUACAUCGUUCCCUUGUCUGACACUCAGUGCGACGCAAACGGUCUCGGCAUGUCGUACAGAACACACCGAGAAGAAGACGGAAGAAAAAAAAAAAUGGAAUGCUAUGGUGAGACUUUUUACUCCAUAGAUCAAGAGUGUAUUUAAAGUAAGUAAAAAAAAAGGAGAGAUGUGUACUUCUAGACCUAUGCUACGCUGUCUUAAAUGAUAUGAAUUUUCCGCUAGUCUUCGUAUAUUGCAUUUGGUGCUGUGUAUAAACGAAACGUCGAUGUUGUUUCCUCUCGUUUUGUGUUCAGUUCGGUUCUUUCGUAGAGGUGUGUAACUAUACUAAUAGAGGACAUCACUUCAGCUAACCCAAAGAGGACCGCUUGUUCUUCGUGCGACGUUGACUCGUUAUUUCUUUCGCCAAAGUACUUUGUCUGAUGUGUUGUUGCUCGUAGAUGUUCUAGCCUCGUAGGAAUAAAAGUACAGCCCAUCUGAGAGAAAAGUUAACUAAAAGGUCGGUCUGGAGGUUCGCGGCGAAAAACGGAGGUCUAAGUACACAGAAUGCACACACAAAUAACACACUCACACACAUACACACAAAGACGUGUACCGAGAGACUAUGAUAUAUACUUGUGUAUAUUAUACAACUAAUGAAAUAACUAGCGAAGAAGAAAAUAGGCCGUGUAGGAAAAGAGGAAGGCUUAACGACUCGAGAAGCUCACUUCAUUCGAUGUAUUUAUGCGAUAGAAUUAGAGACGGCGUCUACAAAUUAGCCGUAAUUUCGAGGAGGCAAGCAGUGGUGAAGACGAGCUGAAGUGCUCUCCUGUAGAGUUGGCCGCGAUAUUAGCACGGUGUCUUGGGAAGUCUUGACACCCUGAAGGGUGGGGGAGUAUUUUCAAAGUGACUGGGUGUCCUGUACAGGAAUGAUAGUUCGGAGAUGGGAGUGCGGCGAAGAAAACCACGAGCUUCUUUUAGAAUGUGGGUCGGUUUCGGCUCCAUACGUGUAGUGUCGUUUUCUUUCUCUAUCUCUCUCUCUCUUUCUGAUUUUCUUCUUACCAAUUUCCUUUUCUUUUCUUUUCUGGUAGUGAGCAGGAAAAGGAAAAUAUAGCUCUACACUUAUAUUGUACACUUAAACGUGUGAAGAAACAUAUUUGACUGGGUGGCGUGUGCUGCUUUAGUGCGAGUGCGAACGAAUGUGUGUGUGUUUGUGUUAUGAACGAGUUCGAAUGUAUACUGUAUACAAUUUUUCGUUUUGUUUUUUCGUUUUUCGCUACGUCGUUGUCAUCGUGAGCAACAAGGAUCAACCACUUUUUUCCCUUUACUAGGCCGCAUGUCAUUACCCGCGUGUGAGGUGAUGUCUCUUUUGGAGGGUGGAUGAAGUGUUCCUUUUGCUUUUGUCGUGGUCUGUAGACACGAUUUCGUGGGGUGUUAGGUAAGACAAUACUUCAGCCUGUGCUUUUCGCACUCGUGGCCUCUAGGAUUGCGCGUAGUGAGAGGAAGAAAAACAUGGUCAACCACUGCACGCGGCUUUGGGGGUCGUGGCUGCUGUUAAAUGUUGCGUAUUAUUUAUUACGAUUUGUUGUCGCAAUGUGUUCUCUGUUAUUCUCGCCGUCUCUGGUGACCAUCCUUCGGCUUCUUUUAUGGCGUUAUCGUUCGUCUCCCCAUCAACAAAAAACGAGCUGUUCCUUUUCUCUUGUUCCAUCUCGGCGCGCGAAGUGGGCCAGUACGUGACGUAGGUGCAAUAUGCUUCGCGAAGCUCAUAUGUGGCGCCGAGUUUAAGCGAGACAAGCAAAACUAUGUAAGAGAGGAGCUGAAUACACGAGCGUCGGAUCCGAGAAGCGCCGAUUCGUCAAGUUAGUGGUAUUCGCGCAAAAGGCGUACGUUACGUGUAUAUAUGUACUUUAACUGGUUCGUGUACAGGUGAAUCUUUUUAUGCUUAUGCCAUUUAGUGUGGACUCCCUAUCCCUCCAGGUCGCUUUUUCUUACUGCAUAGAAUAUAAUAAUACAAAUAUGCUGAUUGACGUUCCUUGGUCUUGCGCUUUUCUUUUCUUUUUUUUCCGCCUUCCGGCUUUCCUGUCGCGUUGUAUUCUUUUCUGUCGACAGCUCGCUUUCUUUUUCUCGUUCUUUGGGCGCGACUUCGGUAGAGAGCGUAAAGGCGCGGUAUGCACUCUAUAAAAAAAACAAUGAGAGCUUUGACAACUCCUAUACGCUGGUGUAACUGCUCUUCAAUGUUUUAACUCCCUUUGUCAAGAGUUGAGCACACCCAAGAAGAGAACAGCUGUACUGGGAGCGUGAAAUUUCGGAAAGGGGGUAAAUAUGUGGCAAACAAAUACUCUCGCAUAAUGGAGUUUCCAGAACUCCCUUGGUUCUUUGAGACUUAGUGUUGUCUUGCCGUGCGGCCAACACUGCAGUAGUAACGGCCCCGACUGGAGCGCACAUCUACAUAGCUGUUCAGCGCUCUCGCGGGCAGUGCUGCACCGAGGUAGAACCAACUUGCAGGGAGUGUUGAAGACACACGUGCCAACGCAGUGAGCAUGACGCGUACGUAGCUGGGCUUCUUUCGCUAUUUAUCGACGAACAACGCGGCAGACGGCUGUCCGCACCGGCAGAAGCAGCUUUUCUGCGUCGCACCAGCGAGUGCUCGAAUCGAGCAGGGAAGCUCGCACAACAGGGUUUGACAGCGGAUAGUCGGAUCAAAUAGAGCCAAGAAUCACAGACCACACGGCGCUUCGAAGCAUUUUUUGUUGUGUUCUUUCUAGUUCUCUUGGGUAUAUUUUACCGAGAGGUGUACGUAGCGUACUUAGUUGGCAGUGUUUAUUCGAACGUUACUAUAUAUAGGCAAGCUUACUACAUGGUUUUAGACACUGGUUAUUUACUCAGCAGCGUGAGCGUUUACAAAUGAAUAGUCUACUCUGCUUGUCGCGACACACUUCGUCCUUUUACGGAACGAAAGAGCAUGGGCGAGCUGCGAUACAGUUCUGUGCGAAGGAGGUGGCAUUACAACUCCUGGUUAUCUUGUACACUGCGUGAUCUGACGGACGCACUAAUGGAGAAGAAAGAACAUUGUGAGAAACAGCGUUCGACUGACUAUGUAUGCGUUCUGUGGCAGCCUGCGUAUGCUGUCCUUAAGAUACGGUGAAGCGUAGCUUUUUUUUUCUUCUUUUUACACCUGUAAUGCACGGUUCAAAUCAAAAUUUCAGGAAGAACACCUUGUUCUCGUCCUUUGUCCACACAUAGCUGGACCAGCAAUUGUGCAGUAUUUCAAGUAGGACCUGGCAGCGGCCAGUAUCAGUGGCUGGGAAGAUGGCUUUAAAUGGAUUCCAUUGUAAACUUUGUACAAAGGCGUAUUCGUUGGAGUUGACUGGAACCUGCGAGCCGUUUUCAGUAUGGCCCUUAACAGUGUGCCGCUCGCAUUUCUUUUAGAGACAGGAAUUGCUCUUCUGUCGGCAAGACGUCGGUUAAGGAAUUGUGGACUGUUGCUUGGCUUCGGGAAACGAAUGAUCUGCGUGCUUCUGUUCUUUGGAGCGCAGCCAUUUGCGCACGAACGUCUCAGCAUUUUUUUGUUUGUUUGGAUCUUUGGCCGCGCCUGUGUUUAUGUGUUAAGUUGGUGUUCACGAAUGCGGUGAUCGCGCGGACAAAAUGUGGGUGUCGCCUCUCGCCGCCGAAACCACCGAGACAAAUUGAUGUGGUAACUACGGUACCACCUACUAUCGCAGGAACACUUUUAGGGUGAUUUCCUUUGACAAUGAGUGAAAUAAAAGGGAAAUAUUAACCACGCUGA